GCUGCCUCUUUUUUCUCCCUAAAACCCCCUUUCCCCAGAGAGUGAGAGAUCCGAUUUUCCCCAACCCGUUUCCAAAUCCUACAACAACCAAUCUGCUCAAGGUCCUCCCACAACACCCGACGUACUUAAGUACACCUGCCCCAACCGGGUCCAAAGUCUUUCAGGCUCCCACACAUAUCUCUGCAACAAGACUCAGCAAUACCAACAACCCUGUCGACCCUCCCUCGUCGUCACCACCACCACCACCACUGUCGACGACGACGACUAGUAUCCACAGCCACCACCAUUACGUCAACAACCCGACUGCUGCCAAAGCCUGCAGCAGCUUCGAGGAAACGCAACGUCCAGUCACCAAGGACCAUCUAACCGGUUGGCGUGUUGGGUCUGGUUAAUCCAGAGAAGGGCGAUCACAUGCAACGGUCACAGUCCGCAGUAGAUUUCGCAAAUCUGCUGAACCCCGAUUCCUCAGCGGCCGCCGCUCAGGAACACCAGGAAUCCCCCAGCGGCACCAACAGCGGCAGCACCAGCCAGUCGCAGUCUCCCACCCAGCAGCACAACGAAGCAGACAUGGCCUCCGUCUCUGUCCUCCGUCCAAAUGGGCCUCUGCCCACCGGCCAGCCUGCCGAGGUGAGCAACGAGCUCCCACGGCCGUACAAGUGCCCGCUCUGUGAUAAGGCCUUCCACCGCCUGGAGCACCAGACAAGACACAUCAGGACGCACACGGGCGAGAAGCCGCACGCCUGCAACUUCCCGGGCUGCAGCAAGAAGUUCUCUCGCUCCGACGAGCUGACCCGACACUCGAGGAUACACAGCAACCCGAACUCGAGACGGGGCAACAAGGGCCAGCAGCCUCACCAGAUGAUGGGUGGUCUGCAGCCCGGCGACAUGAUGCCGCCCCCAGCUCCAAAGAACAUCCGCUCCGCUCCGCCUUCCUCCCUGUCGUCGCCAAAUGUGUCUCCCCCUCACUCGUACUCUCAGUUCGUCCUGCCACACAACACUGUUGCUCCCUUCGGAAGAGCCCCGGCUGGCAGCCCUCAUGGCAGCGGGCCCAUGGACAUCACGAUGCUCGCCAAGGCUGCCCACCAGGUUGAGCGUGACAACCUGAUGGCCCCUUCAGCAAGCCACCACUCUUCAAGGUUCCACCCCUAUUACUCGCACAGCUCUCACGGCUCUCGCGGCAACCUGCCCUCGCUGUCAGCCUACCACAUGUCGAGAUCAAACUCUCAGGAGGAGCACCACGACGACCACUACUCGCACGCCUACAGGCACGCGAAGAGGUCGAGGCCCAACUCUCCCAACUCCACUGCUCCCUCGUCGCCAACUUUUUCACAUGACUCCUUGUCCCCCACACCGGAUCACACGCCACUUGCCACGCCAGCCCACUCGCCUCGCCUGCGUCCGUCCUACCAGGCUACCUACGAGCUUCCCCCAUUCAGACAGCUCUCACUAGGACACCACACCCCCGCGCUUGCACCCCUGGAGCCUCAGCCCGAGCAGCAGUUCCCAAGCCCGGCGCCCACAAGCGGCGCCGCCCCUGUGAGGACCGGUAUGUCGCUGUCGGACAUCAUGAGCAGGCCUGACGGGAACCAGCGGAAGCUUCCCGUUCCCCAGGUCCCCAAGGUGGCAGUGCACGACCUUCUGGCCCCCGACGGCUUCAACAGCAGCGGGCGCAGCUCCUCAUCCAACAGCAUCGCUGGCGGAGAUCUUAUGGAUCGCUCCUAGGCGGAGGUGAAGUGGACGACCACCAGCACCAGGCGAUGUACGAAUGAUGAACAGGACUACUAUAGAUGGAUAAACUUGCGAGGCGUUCGGGACGACUAUCCGUUAACAACAUUGACCAAUAAUCAGCCGCAUAGAGAACCCGUUUCCCCGGUGGAUAGACAGCUUCGCUUCUCUUUUGAUUUUGGGUUGGAUCAGGACACGGAUGGCGGGGUCGAUCAUUGUGUGCUGAAUAGCCAGUGAUAAGUGGUUUGACAUUUUCUAUUUUUUGUUUCCUUUUUAGAUCGUGUCUGUUGUUUCGCGCAGAUAUCAGAUAGACACAUGAUCCAGGGAGGCCUGGCGGAGUUACAACAACAUGCAGGAAGGGACGGGAGUACGGCCUUAGGUCCUCAAGGGGGGAGCCUGGUGGUCCUAGGAUGGCGCAAAAAGCCAGAAACAAUCUCAGAUCUUUUCAAAGCCAAGCCAAGCCACUACUUGCCUGCGUGACUGACUGACUACCAGAGCGAAAAUGAACCGCGAUAACGCUUUCCCGCCCGCCCAAGGGUUUUUCCACCUCAGAGUGUGCCGGCGGACCAAAAACCCCAUCUGAAGCUGACGACCUAGCAAGAAAGCUGUCGUGACAUGACUCGGUCCCAAAUCGCCCCAAGGCUCCAAAUCAACCACUGUGACGUACCGGUGGCCACACCCUACCCUCAUCACCCCAGAACGAGGCCCACGUGCUCUACCAAGAGAGUGGGAUGAAGGACGGAUCCGACGCAAGACUUUCACUACUGUGGUACUUAUCUCGUCCCCGCUGGGCCCGCCAGCUGCCCUCCCCUCCGGUUUCGCGAAUGUGAGAUGGAAUUAGCGAGAAGAGGAGGGUGAGACACACAGCUACGGACAGAUCACUGACAGCCUAUCAUGGGCAUGAGGGCCACUUGUGGUCCGGUAUUCAUUCGACCAGACGUGAGGUGAGGUGAGCUGCAUGAAAAGCUCAGCCUCCUCCGGGGGGUUUCUACCUCAGGGACCGAUACACGUAUCAACCAACACAAACGAGAAAUUCGGUUGGGGUGACUGUGGCCGUAUCAAACCGUAUGCUGACCUUCACGAGAUCUACAAAACCAAUUAAUCAUGUCCACGGGUCACGGACAAGAUAUCAUGGUCGGGGGGGGGGGGGGCGACGUGGAGAAGAAAGGCUCAGACAGCAUCGGGAGAAGUGAGCAUGAAAAAAAAAGCUGGGGCUCCGCAGCAGGUGAAAAUGGGUGAGAUGAGCUGAUCAGGAACAGGAAAGUUACACCGUGUCACUCUGUGGGGAAGGGGGCGUUGCCUGUGUUGGGAAUGUGAGAUAGUACCGUGCCGGGCGAUUCAUCAUCACGCCACGUACUUAAGACUUCCUUCUGGGGGAGGCAAGUUUGGGUG